GAUUAUGCUUGAGCCGGCUGAGGUGGUGAGGGAUGAAGAAGGAAACCUAUCUGCUACACUACCCGCUGCAGACAGCCGAACCGCCCAUGUAAGAGGUGUGCUGAAGGUGGAGAACGGGGAGCCUGUUCGCGUCGGAGUGGUUAACGCGGGACGGAUGGAUGACGCUUCUAUCACCUGGGAAGACCCGACCGAUCCGCCAGAAGGUACACCGCCCCCAGACGUGCCGGGGAGACAGAAGGACCGAAAAUCGUCCCCAAAGUGGAUGGACUUAGUUCUAGAUCUCGGCCCGAGCGAUCGGCAGCUACUCAAGCCGGUGCCGGAUGAGCAACGACCGAAGGUGGCUCUUAUGCUGGCCGUCCCGCGGCCGCUCAAGCUCGAACGUAUCUUGCCAGUUGUUGCCAGCUUAGGGGUGACCACAAUCGUGUUGUGCCAGGCGAAAAAGGUACCUAAAUUCUACUUUGGCUCGCACUUUUUUCGAGACCCGUUGAGCGUGAGGGCAAAGCUCAUUGAAGGACUGUCGCAGGUGAGUGAUGAGGUUCGUGUUUUUCGUCAAGUAAAGCAUUUCGACAACAUGGAAAACCGUGCAGCCUUUGUCUUGCCCGAGGUUAUCGUGGCCCGUCGCCUCAAUAUUUUUCUUGAAGACGACUUAGAUCGGUGUUUUCCGCGAGAUCGAUGGGUGAGAGCCUUGGCACAUCCCACGAGGCUGCCUGCUCAAGUAGCCCGAUGUGCUGGAGGCGAGGCGACCGCGGCGGCAACAGUAGCGGGGGGAGAGGGUGUGGGGGUAGAAGCGGGUGUAGUCGCCGCUACCACGCAAAUUGGACGGGUUGAUGGCGUGGAGAGCGAUGGUGCUGCGACGACACCGGCGCCGGCACUAAGGUUCUCUCAAAUCGAGCCCCCAAAAGGUGGCAUCGCCGGCUCAGCUUUGAUGCAUGAGCAGUGGCAGAUUUGCUUUGAAAUGUCGUACUACGCGACUUUCGUCAAGGGCAAGGCUGUUACGCUGGGAUCCCGAGUGCUUAGAUCAGACGUGGCGGUCAACGCUCUUCUCGCGUUGGCCCACGCCUGGGUAGACGAACGAGCUGCUGGCACACAAUAUUCUGCGGUGCAGCAAGAAGCAUCGGUGGUACCGGCGCAAUAGGCAAUCGGCCCCCUACUUGGCGACGUGUUUUGGUCUAUUCCAGCAGGUAGCACUGCAACGUUCUCUAUUGUAUGUGACGUCCAUGA